AUGAGUAUUAUUGAAUUAAGAGUUUGCGGAAGGUAACAUAAGAUUAUCAAUUAUAAUUAUAGAUAUAAGUUAGGACCUAAGAUAGGAGUAGGAAGCUUUGGUUAAAUAUAUCUUGCCAAGAAUGUUUAAUCAAAUUAAGAUGUAGCUAUUAAAAUUGAAGAAGUUAAAUCUAAACAUCCUUAGUUAUUAUAUGAAGGUAAGAUCCUUUAAAAUCUACAAGGAGGUGUAGGCAUACCUUCAAUGUUAUGGUUUGUAUUUUUCGUUAAACUAUUUUUUAGGUGCGGUUAAGAAAAUGAUUUUAAUUUUCUCGUUAUGGAUCUCUUAGGUCAAAAUCUAGAAGAAUUGUUAGUCUUAUGUAAAAGGGCUUUCACACUUAAAACAGUCCUCAUGUUAGCAGAUCAAUUAAUCUCUAAUCUAGAAUAUAUACAUUUUAAAAAUUACGUUCAUCGUGACAUUAAACCUGAAAAUUUUUUAAUGGGUUGUGCUAAAAAAUCACAUAUAGUUUAUACAAUAGAUUUUGGACUUUCUAAAAGAUAUAGAGAUGCUCGUACUCAUGAACACAUUCCACUUAAAGAAGGUAAACCACUAAUUGGAACUGCUCGUUAUGCUAGUAUUAAUACUCAUAAAGGAUUUGAAUAAUCAAGAAGAGAUGAUCUAGAAGCUUUAGGAUAUAUGCUCAUUUAUUUUCUUAAAGGAACUUUACCAUGGCAAGGAAUUAGAGCAAAUAGAAAAGAAGAAAAAUACUUAAAAAUUAUGGAAAAAAAAAUAUCUACUCCUAUUGAUCAAUUAUGCAAAGGUAUAUCAAUAUUUUUAUUUAUUAUUUUAGGUGUUCCUAAUGAAUUUUAAUAAUUUAUGAAUUAUGUUAGAAAUCUUAGAUAUGAUGAAAAACCAGAUUAUUCAUUUUUAAAAAAAAUUUUUAAGGAAAGAUUUGUUAAAGAAGGAUAUGAAUAUGAUUAUGUUUAUGAUUGGAUCUUAAUACCUAUGAGCACUCGAAGUCCAUUUUAUAGUAGUAAAAUUCCACUCACUAUUGAAUUACUAUAAAAUGAAGAAAAGUAAAUCUAUUGUUUUUAAUUUUUAGAUUUUUAAUCAAAGAAUAUGAAAAAGAUAGAUUUGGAGAAUCUAAUUUUAGUAAUUGGAAUAUGAUAGAUGAUUUGGAUAAUAAUUAAGAUGAAGUUGAAUAAUAACCAGAUUAAAACAUUAAACCUGUUGAACAAUAAAAACCAAAAAAAUAAGAAGUUUAAUAACCAGCAUAACAAUAAAAAAAAGAUAAAGAUUGCAUUAUAUUCUGA